AGCAAGAGCCCAAGAGCCAAGAGCCCAAGAGCAAGAGCCAGAAGCCCAAAGCAAGAGCCAAGAGCCCAAGAGCCCAAGAGCCAAGAGCCCAAGAGCCAAGAGCCCAAGACCCAAGAGCCCAAGACCAAGAGCCCAGAGAGCCAAGAGCCAGAGCCCAAGAGCCCAAGAGCCAAGACCAAGACCCAAGAACCCAAGAGCCCAAGAGCCAGAAGAAGCCCAAGAGCAAGAAGCAGAGCCAAAGCAAGAGGCCAAGAGCGCAAGAGCCCAUAUAGCCAAGAGAGCCCAAGACCCAACCCAAGAGCCCAGAGCCAUAGAGCCGCAAGGCCCAAGAGCCCAGCCCCAAAGCCCAAAGCCCAAAAGGCCCACAGCCCCGAAGAGCCCAAGCCCAGAAGCCAAGACCCAAGACCAAGAGCCCAUAGAAGCCCAGCCCUAAGAGCCCCCAAGGAGCCAAGAGCCAAGAGCCAGAGCCCAGACCCAAGAGCAAAGCCCAAGAGCCCAAGAGCCCAAAGAGAGCCCAAAGUCCAGGCCCAAGAGCCCAGCCAAGAGCCCAAAGCCCAAAGCCCCAAUAACCCAAGAGCCCCCAAAAGCCCUAAGAGCCCAAGACCAGAGCCCACCCCCAAGGAGAGCCAAGAGCCCAAGAGCCAAGAGAGCCAAGAGCCCAAGAUGUCCCAAGAGCCACAGCCCGACCAGGCCCAAGGAGCCAAAGCCCAAGAGCCCCAAGGACGCCCUCAAGAGCAAGAGCCCAAGAGGCUAAGAGCCAAGAGGCCCAAGCAAAGCCCAGAGCCUCAAGACGCCCAAACACCAAGAGCAAGAGCCCAGCCCAAGAGCCAAGAGCCAGCCAAGAGCAGCUCCAAGAUUCCCAGAGCCAAGAGCCCAGACCCAAGAGCCCAGAGCAAGACCCCAAGCAAGGAGCUAAUGAGCCCAAGAAGCCCCAGGAGCCCGAGCCAAGAGCCCAAAGCCACAAAGCCAAGAGAGCGAGCCCAGAGAGAGCCCAGAGCCCAGCCAAAGACGCCCAAGGCCCAAGCCAGGAGCCCAAGAGCCCAGAAAAAGAGCCCAAGAAUCCCAAGCCCAAGUAGCCCAAGAGCCAAAGCCCAGAGCCCAAGAGCCCAGAGCCAGGAGCCCAGCGCCAAUUGGCCCAAGAGCCCAAAGAGCCUCAAGAGCGCCCAGACCCAAGAGCCAAUGACCACAAGACCCAAGAGCCAAAGCCCCAAUGAUGUACCCCAAAUGGUGCCAAUAGCCCAAGUACGCCAAAGCCCAGCCAAGAGCCAUAGAGCCACAGAGCGGUCAAGGCAUCACACGAUCGACAACGAAAGCUUUAAGAGACCCACAGCAGCCCAAGUAGCCACCCAAGAGCCCAAAGAGCCCCAUGUAUGCCCAAAGAGCACAUGA